AGCCAGGCUCGCAGUUCCCUGUCAGCAGCGGGAGAGGCAGGAGCUCUCUCAGCCAAGAUAUGGGGGAGAAGCCCGACAGUCUUGCAGGAGCCCUCAGCAGCUGGAGCAGCCUCACAGGCCUGUGCAGGCUAUGGGCUCAUGCAGAGGGGUUCCCAAAGCAUAUGCAAUGCCAGCCAGCUGGAGAACCUGGUGUCUGACCUGAGACGGGUGCUGUGUGAGCCAGGCCAGGGCAGCUCAGCAGAGAGCUCCCAAUGCAUCUUCUGUCCCCGGGAAUGGCUGCUGCACAAGGGGAAAUGUUACUGGGUGUCCAAAGAAAACAAAAUGUGGAACAGCAGCAGUGACGACUGCACGAGGAGGAGAUCUUCAUUACUAGUGAUCCAGAACCAGAAGGAGAUGGGCUAUAUACAGACAAUCACACAGGUGAUAAAUCCUAUUUGGAUUGGACUUCACUUUAAAUCUCCUGAGAGGAAGUGGAUUUGGAUGAAUGGCUCCCUGUUAGAUGAAAAAUUGUUCCCCAUGCAGCAAGGUGGUGACAGGAACUGUGGUGUGUUGAAAAGAGACCAGACAGACUCUGAGACCUGCAGCACUGAGCUGAGAUGGAUCUGCCAGAAAGCUGCUCUCCUGGUGUAAGCAGUGAUGCUCUUGUCUGACCAGCAGCGUACACAAAAGCCCUCUAGCUUCCUCUGCUGCAUCAAGCAUAUUCUAAGGUUGAUGUGUAUCUCUCUCAUUCUGGAGUCUGGCACAUCUCCUUAGAGGGUGUAAAAUGGACGAGCUCCACAAAAGUCAAUGGACCUCUGCUGAUUUACACCAGAUGUGAGUUUGAUUACCUUGACAUUGAAAGCAGGUACAGGUUCUACAGCAGAUUGGUCUAUGCAAAACCCCAUGUAUAAAUAAAAACAGGAUAUAAGAGACAUCGCCAGCUAGCUGACAGGUAGGAGAAAUAAGUAGAAAGGAUAACUUAAUAAGUGGAAAAGCAAGACUAUUUAAGAGGGUUAUUAUAACUGUGGUGUACAGAGAGUUUAGCAGGGAUCAAGUAGGUUAUAAUGCACCAUGAAAUCAAUGUCCGUAUUAAAUCCCUGGUUUUUACUAUG